AUGUCCAUGGCGCCCAUGCCAGAGGAGCUCGAGCUCCUGGGUGAGCAAGACCGGCGAGACGUGCUGGCUGUGGCUGACCCUGAGCCCGAGCCGUUCUCUCCCUCCAUCUUCCUGGACCUCCCGCCGACGCCCAGCCGUCCCGACUGCCACGACGACGACCUGGCAUCGGCGGACGACCUCGUCCUCCCCUUCAUCUCGCGGAUGCUCAUGGAGGAUGACAUCGACGACGCCUUCUUCUACAAGUACCCCGACCACCCCGCGCUCCUCCAAGCCCAGCAGCCCUUCACCGACAUCCUCUCCGACGCCACCCCUCCGGACGCCGUCGCCGAUGCGGUCACCUUGCAGCUGGAGGACCCAGCGGAGCCGCUCUCACAGUCACAGCUGCUGCUCCAGCAGUCCCCUGCCGACGGUGACGACCUGCAGGCCUUCUUCAGUGGCUGCAACGAGGACGUGCUCAACCUCGCGUUGCUCAAGGGCAUGGAAGAGGGCAGCAGGUUCUUGCCCACCAACAACGGGCUCCUCAACAGCAUGACCCAAGUGAAUACGGGUGGCAAGCUUAAGAACAUGCGUAGUACUCUGCAGCAGGACGAAGAUGAACCGGACGAGGCCGAGACGAGCAGGAACAGCAAGCUCAUGCUGCCUGAGCCGGAAGAAACCGGCGAGAUGGUUGACCAAAUAGCUCUCAACGUGUGCAGCUCGUGCCUCGGUGAAAUACAGAGCUUGCGCUUGACUAUUGACGGCGAGCAGGUUGAGAACAACACCCGGACCGGGACCGGGAGCAAGACGAAGAACAAGAAGAAGAAGAACGGCAAGUACUGGGCAUAUGAGGCUGGGACAGACUUGCACACCUUGCUCAUCCACUGUGCGCAGGCGGUGGGCAUGAACGACCGCUGGAGCGCGACGCAGAAAAAUCAGGAAGCAUUCCUCGCCAAGGGGAGACGCUAA